AGAGAUAAUGAGAACAUGGUGACUGGUUUCCCCUUGGAAACCACUUCCGAUCCCUGUAGAAAUUUGGGAUCAGAUCUAGAAGUGAGGGACAGUGCACCUGGGCAUCGUGCAGUGGCCUGUUCCCAGGAUGACUGGAACGACAUCGACUCCAUUAAAAAGAAAGACCUUCACCACAGCAAUGGAGAUGAGAAAGCACAGAGUGUGGAGACCCUCCCCCCAGGGAAAGUCCGGUGGCCAGACUUUAACCAGGAGGUGUAUGUUGGAGGGACAAUGGUUCGCUCUGGGCAGGACCCCUAUGCACGCAACAAGUUCAACCAAGUAGAGAGUGACAAGCUGCGUAUGGAUCGAGGCAUUCCUGACACCCGGCAUGACCAGUGUCAGCGGAAGCAGUGGCGGGUGGACCUGCCAGCCACCAGCGUGGUAAUCACAUUUCACAAUGAAGCCAGAUCAGCCUUGCUGCGGACGGUGGUCAGUGUCCUUAAGAGGAGUCCACCGCAUCUCAUCAAGGAGAUAAUCCUGGUGGACGACUACAGCAAUGACCCUGAGGACGGGGCCCUGUUGGGGAAAAUUGAGAAAGUGAGGGUCCUCAGGAACGACCGACGGGAAGGUCUGAUGCGCUCUCGGGUCCGGGGUGCCGACGCUGCCCAGGCCAAGGUCCUGACCUUCCUGGACAGUCACUGCGAAUGUAACGAGCGAUGGCUGGAACCGCUGCUGGAGCGGGUUGCUGAGGACAGGACCCGGGUUGUAUCCCCCAUUAUUGAUGUCAUUAACAUGGACAACUUCCAGUAUGUGGGUGCCUCUGCUGACCUCAAGGGUGGUUUUGACUGGAACUUGGUGUUCAAGUGGGAUUACAUGACGCCAGAGCAGAGGAGGUCCCGGCAGGGGAACCCAGUCGCCCCUAUAAAAACCCCCAUGAUUGCUGGUGGCCUGUUUGUGAUGGACAAGCUCUAUUUUGAAGAGCUGGGGAAGUACGACAUGAUGAUGGAUGUGUGGGGAGGAGAGAACUUGGAGAUCUCAUUCCGAGUGUGGCAGUGCGGUGGCAGCCUUGAGAUCAUUCCCUGUAGCCGUGUGGGACACGUGUUCCGGAAGCAGCACCCCUACACGUUCCCAGGUGGCAGUGGCACUGUCUUUGCCCGGAACACCCGCCGGGCAGCGGAGGUCUGGAUGGAUGAAUACAAAAACUUCUACUACGCAGCAGUGCCUUCUGCCCGAAAUGUGCCCUACGGAAAUAUUCAGAACAGGCUGGAGCUCAGGAAAAAGCUGGGCUGCAAGCCCUUCAAGUGGUACCUGGACAAUGUCUACCCAGAGCUAAGGUAAGUCCUAGGUAAGUCCUGGGGUCCUGAGUGCAUUUUGUGAAGGCUGAGGA